CUUUCAAAGUAACCAUGUUUAAAAGGAACAGCACUGUCAAUAAUGUGCUUAAACAAAUCUCAAGGAGGACAAAUACAACGACGAUACAAAAUACCUUAGUUCGCCCUUUGUCUUAUACUGCUCGUACAAGUAUGAAAGCAACUGAAAACAAAACCACCUUCAAAACGACACCUUUGGAUACACCAUCAACGAAAUUAGGAACAGCAACCAGCAUCACACACAAACAAAUGUCACCACAACAAAUCCUUGAUACACUUAGUAAAUAUCGAUCUGUUGGUAAUAUCAAGGGUGCAUUCAAUCUCGUACGCAAAGCUCAAGAAAAUAACACCGUUACAGUAGCAAUGUAUCAACAACUUUUACUGACUUUACUGGAUUCUCCUCUUGAUAUUGAUAUAAGUGCCUUUGUUGCUUCUUGGUUCUAUUCUCCACAAUCCCCGAUCUCAGAUGAUAUCAAGAAGAAUGAACAACUUUGGCAUGAUGUUUUGAAACUUGGAUUCCGUUUGGGUGGUACCUACCGAAAAGAAGAUUUACGUGUACUUGUUGAAACUUUCACUAAAACCUUUGAUGUAUCCACUAUAACUGAUCAACAAUCUUUGGAACUUUUAUUGCGGGCUUAUGGUAUUUUGGGAAAAACUGAUCGCAUCUCAACAUUGUUAUCUCAACUUAGUACGGAACCUCAAUAUGCUGACUUGGAUAGAUCAUCAUUGGCAUCAAGUGGUAUAUUAGCUUACGCAUCUACGGGUGCUAACCAGAAAGUGAAUGAAUUAAUGCAAUCAUUGGAAAAGGAUGAAAAAUUGGAUCAAAAAUUACUACAAAAAUUGAUACGGAUUUAUGGAUUCAAAGGCGAUUUGAAUCUUACUCAACACUAUAUCAAUAUAUGCAAUCAACUCUACCCAGAUACUACCGACCACACUACAAUGCAGCUCAUUGCUCAUAAAGCAGCAUUAUCCAACAGUUAUUUUUCUCUCGUGAAACGAUGUGGCACUCAAGGCUUACCUCUCAAAUCAAUAUCGACACCUGAACUGGAUCAACUUCAUGCAUCUUGGAAUUCUCUUAUGGCCGAAAAUAAAAAUAAACUAUUUGAUAUUACUCAGUGCAACGUUAUCUUGGAAUAUCUAGCUCUCGCCAAUCGUAUUGAUCCAGACGAGUUUCCUCUCAGUAUGGCAGAACAAAUAGUGGAUGAGUACAUGCCAGCACACGACCUCAAACCGAACGAAAUGACAUGGAAGACAUUGUUAAAUGCAUAUGCGACCACUAGUGAAUUUAAAUAUGAUGCAAAGCACAAUAUUCGAUUGGACAAGACAUUGGUGGUAUUAUCUCGCAUGGAUGAAGCUGGCUACCACGCUGAUCAAUCUUGCUUCCACGCUCUCUUCAAGGCUUGCCGUCCUUACUUACCCGGAAAAGGUUACAUCUUUGAUCAUUUCUUCUUAGCUUCCAAAUUGACUUCAGCAUUAAGAUUCACACCAUCUCUUGAUCACCGGAUUUUCGAAUUGGAAAAAAUCAUGAUGUCGUCCAAAAUCCCUCAUGAUCGUACAACCAUCAAGUUAAUGUUGACCUGCCUCGGUGUUACCGGUCAAUAUCAAGCAAUGUGGAACCGAUGGAAACUUUUGAAAUCAUCUGGUUUGCAACGCGAUAUGGGAUUGUAUCAACAUGUCUUCUCUUUAGCCUCUAUGGAUUCAGAACAGUCUCAAUAUGCUUUAGCAGUGACACGAAAUGAAUUGGGUCGGGAAAUUGAUCACGAACGUAUACCCUGGGACACCUAUGUAGCUAUGUUGGAUUGUGCUAUCACUGCUCAAAUGCCCGAUAUGGCGACCAUGAUCAUCGAUCAAAUGCGACAACGAUAUAUCUCCAAAGCACUUCCCACAACCAUCGCCAACAACAACAACGAUGAUACGAUGAAAAAGUCUGAUUUAUAUGCACCCUUGUUACGAGCGUAUACAUCCAUCCCUACUCUUGCUCCUGAAGUACCCAAACUCUUGAAAGAAAUGGAAACAAAUCAAGUUCCUUAUAACAAUCCUAUUUGGCAGUACGUGAUGUCUCAUCAUCUGUUACAUGACGAUUCUGGAGCAACCAUGCAAAAUAUCCAACGCACAUUCAACAGUUUUACCAUGCAACGAUUUGAACAACAAGCCAAGAUCCCUAUCCCUGUACGAGAAUCAUCACCCAUCGUACCUUUUCCAUCAGGUCCUUAUUCUGCCAAUGAUAUGGCCAUGAUCAAUAUGUAUAUCGCUGCUUUGAUUGAUGCACAAGAUGUAUCUUUAGUAUUCGACGUGUUACGGACUUUGGAAAACCAAACAUCUAGCUUUGGAUUAUCACGAGAAACGAUUCGAGGUGUUGUCAAGUUGGCCAAGCAAGAAAAAUCUAAUGUGGAAUUAUCAUGGCUUGUACAUCAAGUUUUACCUCGUGUACCAUCAAAAAACGCUGAAUUUAGACAAUGGGUGGACCAUCUUCAACAAUCUGUACCAAAAUAAAUAAUUAGUUAGUUAUCAGUGAUUUUAGAGUCUACACCUUCCCCCCCCCCCUCUCCCUCUUGUUUACACUCACGCAUACACAUAUCUAUAGAUUCAUAGACACAUUCAAUUUAUAUAUGUAUAUCACUCUCUCUCUCCAUUUUAUUAUCCUUACGUCUUUUUUUUCAAUUUGAAUAAAUCAUCUGUUUAAUAUAUA